AUGAUUUUUCCUUCUACAAUUUGUCGUUUAAUUCAAUCCUCAUUCAAAUAUUGUUCUCGAAUGGCUACUUCUGUUAAUAAAAUUCUCUGCCCUCCAACUUCUGUCAGAGGAAUGAUGGAACUAGAAAAAGACAAAUUCAGACUUUUAUUUGACCCAGAUAAAUUAGAAGAAGUUGGAGAAGAAGAAAAAGAAGAAAUAAUUGGACAAAUUGAGAAACAAAUUAAUUUGAAAGUUGAAUUUGAAAAGUUUUGUUAUUUAAUGGAAUAUGAAGAUUGGACUACUAAAAAUUGUUUAAAAGCUAUUUUGCCUGAAAAUGUUGAAUUUAGUGGAUUUGAACAGUGUGGACAUAUUAUACAUUUAAAUUUGAGGGAAAAAUUGUUACCUUUUCGUUUUGUUAUUGGAAGGAUUUUGUUGGAUAAAAUUCAAAGGACAAGGUUUUUUAAAGGUUUUUGGGGUUAUUUUAAGGGUUUUUGGAAGAUAAAGGGUAUUAAAAGAAUUAAAGUGCUUUUUUAA